AUGAGACCGGAUGUGAAGCCAGGCGGUAAUCGCGUGCCUAAGCCGAUCGAUAUUGUGGCCGGCCCCAUCGAUGGAAUGUUUCUGCGUUUUGUGUGCGGUUCGGUGCAGUCUCAGUCCCUAUUGAUCGAUUACAGUCCGAUUUUCUGGACCGCAUUUCAUCAGAUUUACCGGAAUCCGGAAAACAUGAUGUCACAGAUCUGCUUGCCACUAUUCCUCCUGGCCGUCUGUACCGUCCAACAGAGCUAUGGGCUCGAGUGUUACGAAUGCAAUUCUUUUGAGAAGGAGGCCUGCGAUACCAUGGAUGCCAAACUGUUGCAACCCACCACGUGUGCAGCCGGGAUCGAGUCUUGUUUGAAGCUUAAACAGGUGAGCUUUAUCUUCAGUCGAUUUUAUGAGUAA